GUGAUAAAUGAAACCGAACACACUAGUAGAAACCCUUUCAUAACAGGGAGGAUAUCGAAAUGCGCGUAACUUACGCAACACCAAAAAAAGGUGGUCAGUUUGUAUCAAAAUAAGAUACAAUGUGACUAGUAAACUCACAUAAUAAUGGACAUCGAUAAGGAAAUGCGAAAACCCGUCCGGCUCAUCGCGGCUGCAUGCAGGAACAUGGGCAUAGGAAAGAACGGACGGAUUCCGUGGAAUCUCGCGAAUGAAUUCCAGUUUUUUCAAGAUACAGUUACCUCUGUGUCAACACCUGAGAAGAAGAAUCUGCUUGUUUUUGGACGAGGCUCCUGGUUGUCCUGUCCUGAGACGUUUUUUCCUUUUGCCAAUUGCCUUAAUGUGGUAUUGAGCAAAAAACUACUCACAGUGCCUACACACGCCCACUAUCUGUGUAAAGAUUUUGAGUCGGCAAUUCGUCUGGCCAUUGAACCUCCUUUAUGUCACAUAGUGGAGACCAUCUGGAUUUUGGGGGGUUCAGCAGUAUACAAGGAAAGUCUUGAGCAUCAAUGGUGUGAUCUUAUUUAUCUGACCGACAUUAUGGCUGAAUUCGACUGUGAUGUCUUUUUCCCGGAAUUCGAUCGCAAUGUUUUCAGAAAACAAAAAAGUUUCCUUGGAGUACCGGAUGAAAUUCAUGAAGAAAAUGGUAUAAAAUUUCAAUUUCAAGUCUUCAAGAAGGAAGCCUAAGAUUACAACAAAAAGAAGACGGUUCAAAACUCUGUCAAACAUGACAGAUGAAGUAGAUGUUUACAUAACCUUAUAUGUCUUUCUAUCAAACAUCAGCAUCCUGAAUUUAGCACUAUUGCACAGAAAACACAAAGCCAAAAAACUCGUUGCGGUAAUUCAUCGUCAUCCAAAUAACCGUUUCAAUUAUAUGCACCCUUUCAUUUUUUGUUGCAUCACCAUUGUUCAAAUAUUUCAUAAGGAAUCACAGCAGAUGGACAGUUCUGAUGAUGAUGAAUGCCACUCCACUCAUAAUGAAAGAUGCAAUGGUUUCUGACCACUCACCAGAUUUACUGUUACUCAUAUCACCCUGUCACCAUGGUGACACACGUAUGAUGACUCAAACCAGAUCAGAGGGAUGAGACACAUGGUUCAUGUAUAAACUGGGUAUAUAUACCAUCUGCUGUGUGAACUCAGUGACUUACUACAUUCAGUAUUAUUAUUUAAAACCCAAAAUUCUGGAAUGCCGCCAAACAUUGUGUGUUUCAGGUGUGCAUAUUUUGUCAUUCUAAUAUUGUAUAAGAGAUACACUACUAAGUUUUUGUGUAAUUUGAUGCUAUAUUAAAGUUCUUUUCUAAUUCAUUUUACAA